AUGGGAGGAGCAGCUUGUAAGGAGGAGGUGAAGGAGGAGAAGAGGAGCAGCAGCAGGGAGGACAGCCUGACGUCAGCGGACAGAAUCCGCAGAUACACCGUCAAACAGUUUGGAUAUAACGUCCUCAGUCUGUCCCGCAGAGGACUGAAGGACGUCCCAGACGAGCUGUGGGAGCUUCAAGAGCUGGACAAGCUGAAUCUGUCUCUCAACAGUCUGAAGGUUCUUCCUCCUCAGCUGUCUCUGUUGUCCAACCUCGUGGUCCUCAACCUGUGGGGCAACCAGCUGGGCAGCCUGCCGGCAGAGAUCGGCCAGCUGACGAGGCUUCGGGUUUUAUUCGCCUACAGAAACCGACUGACAGAAGUUCCUGAGGAGCUGGGCGCCUGCACGCAGCUGGAGGUCCUGAGUCUGGCCAACAACCAGCUGACCUCGCUGCCCGCCUCGCUCUCCAACCUGACCCGCCUCAGGAAGCUCAACCUCAGCCACAACCAGGUGGCCCACAUCCCGGGCUGCGUCUACAACAUGAAGGCUCUGGUGUUCCUCCACCUGGCCUACAACCGUCUGGAAAACCUGGCAGAGAACAUCCAGGCUCUGGUGGAGCUCAAGAUCCUCAUUGUGGAGGGAAACAGCCUCCACUCUCUGCCCAAGGCCCUCUGCUGCCUCACCAGGUUGGAGUUGCUGAAUCUUGACUUUAAUGACAUUAAAGACGUUCCGCAGGUAACUGAUGAUGAUGAUGAUGAUGGUAACUCCACCUCACCAGGUAACUACACCUCACCAGGUAACCACACCUCACCAGGUAACCACACCUCACCAGGUAACUCCACCUCACCAGGUAACUCUACCUCACCAGGUAACCACACCUCACCAGGUAACCACACCUCACCAGGUAACUCCAUCUCACCAGGUAACCACACCUCACCAGGUAACCACACCUCACCAGGUAACCACAUCUCACCAGGUAACCACACCUCACCAGGUAACUGA